UCGGUAAACACCAGGUGUGUCCUUGGCACAUUAUCUUUCCUAAUCAUGCCAGAUAGGUGGUGGUCCUCUUCUAUAUAAGUUUGCUGUGACUUUCCCUGGAUGUACAUGCUCGUAAGGACUCUAGCUCAUUAAAAUGAAUGCUCUUUUGGGCAGCCUAGUGGUUUUGGUGAACUUGGUGACCUUAUGCAAUGCACACUGCUAUAUUAUGCCUAAUCCAAACACUCCAGGUGAUUUAUUUAAUGAAUGCAAGGAUCUCACUGGGGUCAUUCACCCACUGAACUCCAAGUGGAAGACUGAGUACUGUGAGGAGUGUUAUUGUGACCAAGAUGGAAUUAGCUGCUGUAACAUUGUUGCUACACCCGUAAGCUAUGACACAAGCAAGUGCCAGAAAACCUUCAACAAGGAGACCUGCAGUUUUACAGUGGUGGAGUGGAAGAAUCCAGGAAAGUCUUGUUUUGUAGGUGGAUGGGUGCUGUAAUGUACUUCUAGUGGGCCCAGGGCUCCCAACCAGAGGGGGCCCAGGACCUCCCAGUCCAAACCUCAUUUUCAUAUGGCCUCUAAUAGUCUAUAUGGUUUUGUAACCCUACCUAUCAGUAAAAAGAAAUAAAAUAAAAAUUUUAAAAAACUGAGCAAACCCUUGAA